ACCCUUGGGCGAGGACAGACCCUGUGGGCCAGCAGAGUGUGGGAUGGUUCUCUGGGAAGACAGCAGAGCGAAGAAGGCUGUUCACUCUCCUUGGGGGUCUCUGGGGGCCUCAGAGGUAGGGUGAGCAAACACGUGGGCUCACUGGGGGCCAGACCCGCCUACCUGGUGUGAAGUGUCAUCCCCCUUGGGGCUGGCACCCGAAUCCUCCUGGAGCAGGAGCUCCACACCUCGCCCUCCCACACCCCCAGGCUGUUGAUAGUCUGGCUGUCUGGGCCAUGCACUCCUGCUCACAUUCCUGCUCUGGGGAGGGGGAAGAUUUGUCAAGGACAGUCUGACAAAUGGGUCACAGGCCACACACACUGUAUCGCUGCUCAGGAGAUAGGCAGGCAGGUUGGAACAGAAGGGGCUUUGAGAAGGCCAUAGGCCUCCCAGGCUCACAGCAGGCACCAGCCUUCAAGGUCAUGUCCCAGGAGGAGAUAGGGACCGCCCUGCACCACAAACAGCCCUGCUCCCUCUUAUAAAGUAGGGCAGCCCAGCCCCUGGAAGCUCCCAGGAUGCCCGGUCCAUCUCUCUCUCUGGCCCUGGUGCUGUCAGCCAUGGGGGCUCUGCUGAGGCCAGGGACCCCCAGAGAAGAGGUCUCCAGCACCUCAGCCUCGCCCAGGGAGCAGGCCACAGGCAGCGGGGCACUCAUCUUUCAGCAAGACUGGGACUGGCCACUCCCCAGUCUCUGGCUGCCAGGCAGCCCUCUGGACCCCCUGUGCCUGGUGACCCUACAUGGGAGUGGCAACGGGAGCAGGGCCCCCCUGCGGGUGGUGGGGGCCCUGAGCAGCUACGAGCAGGCCUUCCUGGAGGCUGUGCGGCGCACCCACUGGGGCCUGAGUGACUUGACCACCUUCUCAGUGUGCCCCGCUGGCGACAGGCAGCCUGUGCUGGCCCACCUGCAGCGGCUGCAGGCAUGGCUGGGGGAGCCCGGGGGGCGGUGGCUGGUGGUCCUGCACCUGGAGGAAGUGACGUGGGAGCCAACACCCUUGCUGAGGUUCCAGGAGCCUCCGCCUGGAGGAGCCAGCCCCCCAGAGCUGGCGCUGCUGGUGUUGUACCCAGGGCCUGGCCUGGAGGUCACUGUCACCGGGGCUGGGCUACCUGGCACCCAGAGCCUCUGCCUGACCGCGGACUCGGACUUCCUGGCCUUGGUCGUGGACCGCCCGGAGGGGGCCUGGCGCCGGCCUGGGUUGGCCCUGACCCUGCGGCGCCGUGGAAAUGGUGCGCUCCUGAGCACUGCCCAGCUGCAGGCGCUGCUGUUCGGUGCGGACUCCCGCUGCUUCACACGAAAGACCCCGGCCCUGUUGCUCUUGCUGCCGGCGCGGCCGUCGACACCGAUGCCCGCGCACGGUCGGCUGGACUUGGUGCCCUUCCCGCAGCCCAGGGCUUCCCCAGAGCCAGAGGAGGCACCGCCCAGCGCCGAUCCCUUCCUGGAGACUCUCACGCGCCUGGUGCGCGCGCUGCGGGGACCCCCGGCCCGAGCCUCGCCACCGCGGCUGGCCUUGGACCCGGGCACACUGGCUGGUUUCCCGCAGGGCCAGGUCAACCUGUCGGACCCCGCGGCCCUGGAGCGCCUGCUGGACGGCGAAGAGCCGCUGCUGCUGCUGCUGCCGCCGACGGCAGCCACCACCGGGGUCCCCGCAACGCCGCAAGGUCCCAAGUCCCCUCUGUGGGCGGCGGGACUAGCGCGCCGGGUGGCUGCCGAGCUUCAGGCGGUGGCCGCCGAGCUGCGCGCCCUCCCAGGGCUGCCUCCCGCCGCCCCACCGCUGCUGGCGCGCCUGCUGGCACUGUGCCCGGGAAACCCAGACGGCCCCGGUGGCCCGCUGCGCGCGCUGCUGCUGCUCAAAGCACUGCAGGGCCUGCGCGCUGAGUGGCGCGGGCGGGAGCGGAGCGGCUCUGCACGGGCGCAGCGCAGCACCGGGGCCGCGGCUGCAGACGGGCCGUGCGCUCUGCGUGAGCUGAGCGUAGACCUGCGGGCCGAGCGCUCGGUGCUCAUCCCCGAGACAUACCAGGCCAACAACUGCCAGGGGGCCUGCGGCUGGCCUCAGUCGGACCGCAACCCGCGCUACGGCAACCACGUGGUGCUGCUGCUGAAGAUGCAGGCCCGCGGCGCCGCCCUGGCGCGCCCGCCCUGCUGUGUGCCCACAGCCUACACCGGCAAGCUCCUCAUCAGCCUGUCCGAGGAGCGCAUCAGUGCGCACCACGUCCCAAACAUGGUGGCCACCGAAUGCGGCUGCCGGUGACCUCGCGCCGUGCUCCUUGUGCUGCCCCGGCCCGUAUUUAUUCGGACCCCGUCAUUGCCCCAAUAAAGACGGGAACGCA